AUGGAUGCAAGCGAUGUUGGCCGCUAUGGGAAUCUUUCUUUGCUUAAACGCCUCGAACCUGACACUAUUAUUGCGUCGUACCCGAUCGACGAGCCAGAGAUGACUCUAGGACGUGACCCUAGCUGUAGUAUACGUCUCUACUAUCCUUCGGUCAGUGCUACUCAUUGCAAGAUCGUUUUCAACGAGGAUAACAAGGCCUUUGUGAUCGUCUUGGGUACAAACGGCGUAGUCAUAGAUGACUGCCCAGUCUUUCCUACAUCUGAGGAUGGGCCACCUACCACAGUUCCUUUGCCGAACAAUUCAACGCUUGAUAUUCACAAGAAACGUUUUCGCUUCGCUUACCCCCCAAAGCAUCUUCGUCCUGCCCUUGCUGCGCUCCCACCAACCCCUUCUGCUGCAGAUACACCCGGCCGACGACGUAAGGCACUUCGUAUGUCCAUGAUACAAAGCGCACAUGUAUUCACACCACGCCCGUCUACCGACCCUCGUGCGAAUCUACGUGUGCUGCAGUCACCACUGAAGGCUCCGUUUAGAGCCGAGGCACCACAACAGCUUGAUGACCAGGAGGGCAAAGAAGAUGAUAUCGUGCUUGUGGAGAGCAACCAUCCUUUAGUCGUGGAGUCAGACAACGAUUUAGUCAUUCUUGAUCAUGUCACCGUUAUCGACCCCCCUCAAUCGUCCUCUUCAUAUAUGUCACCGUCUUCAGUCCCCCAAAUGCCAGUCCCUCCCCAACUAUGGGCGCCUCCACGCACUCCCGUGCGCCGCCCUCCUCGUCCAUCGCUGCAUCGUGCUGUGCUUAUACGUUCUGCUCAGCGUGCGGAAAUGAGGAGAGAGAUGCAACGGGAAGAUGAAAUAGAGGCGGAAGAGGUCGAGGAAAGUAUAGUUGAAGGGGAGCAGCUAGCUAUGGAAGAUGUUCAAGAGGAGGACGAGGAUGGAGAGAUGCAAGAGUAUGAUGAAGAGAUAAGGGAGGGCGACGAACGAGAGCAUCGACGGACGCCAACGUCCGGCUGGCGCAAAAGCCUCGAAGCUGUGAAGAGUGGGCUGGGCUGGGCCUUCAGAGCUUCAUCGGUUGAACCUCGAUCCUCUGGGGAUUACCAGGAUAACGAGGGCAACGAGGGCGAAGACAGAGGCGAGCAUGAUAAUCAGUUCGUGAACGGCGAUGACGUGGAGUAUCAGGAUGAGCAUGAUGACUUCGACCAUGACACGAAGGACGAGCCACUAGGAGAUACAACCGGCGAGAUUGACGAAGAACUUGCACUAGAGGAUACUGUGUCUUCGCCAGUGCCGACAAAUCGCCCUCUCGGUCGUUUCAUGACCCCUCAGGCCAGUGCGCACAGUCGUGUUGGACGGCCAAUUAAGCAUGUGCGUUAUUCAAUCGGCGCAUUCACUCCCGGGGGGUUAGGUAACUCUGUCUUGGGUGCUUCGGGACCGCGGAGGGUCCGUGUUGUGGAGCCGUGGAAAGUAACGGAACUUGUUGUCCCAUCGGAGACUUCAAAUGCGAAGGAAGAUGAGGGGGCUGAAGUCGCGACCGUCAAAAUGGAGGAUAAACAUACCACUCACACGACACCUAUGAAACGGGAACGCGUCAGUGAGGAAGAGCGGAGGGCAAUUCGUGAACGCCGUCGCUCUGCCUUGGCCACUCCUGACACUUUUUUCAACGGACAAGUUCCUGGUUCUCGACGAACGACGCUCUUGCCGCCUUCGACACCGAUCAUUCCUUCCCUCUUUGCAUCCACGUCUACUAUUCCUAUUAAAGAGGACACGCUCCAGAGCACUUUUCUCAGUACGGCAACGAGUGACCCACAUCCGACGCCAGCACAACCGAACGACAGCACUUCCGUGAAGAAAGAGCACGAUGUUCAGGAAGAUACUGAAGUCCUCCUCGCGCGUAUGCGACAGAUGGUCGAGGGCGUUAAACGCAGGCAGGGUAUGGAAAUGGCAGUGGAGACACAGCGGAGAGUUUCGCUCAGCCCGAGGAAGAGAGGCACAUUCUCACUACUAGCAGGCCAGGAUGACGAUGAAGCAGGAAGUGAGCAGGAGAUCGAAGUCAUUGAAGAGGAGGACGAAGAUAAUGAGCAGCACGACGACGGCUUCAUGGACGGAGAGAAUAUGGCCGAGGCAGCCGUCGCAGACGAUGGUGACGAAGAAAUGGAAGAUUUGGCGGAUGGUCCCACCUCGUCAAGUCUUCUACCUCCCAAAACUCCCCGGAUGAAUGACUUGCGACAUUUCUUCUCGGUGCCAGCGGAGCCUUCCACGCCUAAAUUUACCGGAAUGCGCGAGCUCUUCCAGCAAGGACCUGAAGCAGGGACCCCUCAGAUGGAUGGCGUGCGGCAGAUGUUCUCACAAGGACGUCCCAGGGAAGGGAUGAGCGAUUCUGCUCUUGAAGGUGUCGGGGAGAUGCUCGCGACGCCCGUAGGCUGGCGUAUGCGGACCGUUCCAGAGCCUGUUAAUCCUGAUGACGAGCGGAAAGACGGGAGUGUGGAACAGGAAGUUGUAAUCCCGAAACCGGUUCGUUCGCGCAUGGUGCGAGGAAAAGCUGUUGCAGCAUCCUCAUCUGUGCCUCGGCGAACACCGCGAUCUACGGUGCACACGAAGGAAACUACAGGGAGCACUUUGGAAGCGGUUGCCGAAGAUGGAGUCAAUGCAAAUCUACUGGAUGCGAAGGGUGUGCGAACGGUCCAUCGCAGGACUAGGAUGCAAACCGGAGAGAGUGACCAGGAAAGCGCCAUGCUUCUCCCUUCCAAGACACGAAAAACAGCCAUUGGGGAUAAGCCUCACGAGCCACGCACGACUGAACCAAAGUCCUCCACUCAAAAGGUGGCGAGCGCGGUACCCAAUGAAGACGAGGCAGAUCCAGCCGCAAAGCCGAUACGUCGUACACGUAAAGCCACACACUCGCCUCCUUCGGUGGAAGACACAGCGGAUAGUGCUGCUAAAGCUGUACGACGGACGCGUGUUACUCGGACGCCGGUGGUGCCUGACCCGCCCUCUGGUCCACCGGCGAAACCUAGCACAGUAAAAAGAGGUGCAAAGUCAAAGCCGUUGGAAGAGGAGGAUGACGAAGCUGGCCCCACAGAGACAGUCCCGGCUGCAGCAAAGGUUCGGCGUACUGCGCGCAGCCGGAUUCCAGUGGGGGCGAUCAAAGAAGAAACAGACACCCCGAUUAUUCCGCCUGCCCCGCUGGCAGAAACGCGCGCGACGGCAGCGCGAUCAGCCCGCGGACGGAGGACUCCUGUACCGGUCCUUGGGAGCACUAGUAGGAGCACAACACGAUCUCAGCGUGCGACGACUAGUGCUGGGAAAAAGGCUGCAGCGGAAGAAUCCUCAGGAAAGUCGACGCCCAGUGCCGCAGAAGAAGGCGGAGAAGUAGUGGACAAGGAGAAUACACCAGAGCCACAAGGAGAGGAUGAGCCUGCGGUGGGCGCUACGGGUGUGAGAGGAGGUGCGUCAAAUUCGAAGGCCGCGGCUACGGUUAGGACAAAGGCGACAAGAAGCGCGACGAGAAGUCGUGCUGUGACGGAAGACCAACCAGCGGAAGGGGAUGUGGCGCCCGCUGCUGGGACGAGGACGGCGAGGACGAGAGUUACCACCCGCAGGACAGCCACAUAG